AAAAAUGGGUCAGACUCGACAAAAGUUUCAGUACAGCCUUUUGCACCCUAGAAAAAUGGGUCAGACUCUACAUUUAUUUCAUUAAGACUCUGCAUGUUAUAAACAGAAUUGUAUAUCUUCAAGUGUCUGUAUUGAAGAAGUUUUUGGGGGUAAAACAGUAUACCACAGAAUGGAAAAUCAAGCAAGCAAGCCAAGCAGGAGCGAGGAGUUAUCUUCAUUGGAAAUACAAGAGCAAAUGGAGCAAAACGUGAAGGAACAAUUCGAUGCUGCUGCCCCCAAGCGCCAUACCAAGCCCCAGAGAAGCGAAUACUCUUCACAAUACACUGAUAAACUUUUUCCACAAGGCUCUGGUCUGCAAAUCCCAGAAUAUACCAAGUUUCAAGAGCUCGAAUCUCACAAAGAUGAAUUGAUCUACACUGGGGAUUCGCCAGCUGAAGAGUUCAUCGAAACAGAUUACUACAAGGAUUUGAAUGACAUUGAUAAGGAGCACCAUACUACUGGAACUGGGUUUAUUAAGGUAGGGAGAAAGAGUGACAGUGAUUUUCACUUGGGGUCAGUUUCUAAUGGAUCCUUCCAACAUACCACAACCAACCCUGCAACUAAUGAAUGGGUCCCCUCUGCUGAACAGGCAUUACCAAACUCAAACAAACCUAAGAGGAGUGAUCUUGAGAUGUGAAGAUUGCAUUUAUUGUGCUUGGUGAUGAGUGGAGAAUGAAGCUUAUCUUUAAUAUAUGGACACACUCAUCAAGGGCUGCUUUCAUCUAUUUAUUGUAGGUGUUUUUCUCCUUAAUGGAGAAAUGGAGCUUACUCAAAUAUUCAUGCAGUUUAAGACUAUUAUAAUAAUUAUAAGAUCUUAAGCUUUUCA